UAUCUAACGAAACACGCAAAGCUGAAACUCCUGUCUGAGUCCUUUUCUUUUCCAUGUGAAAGUAAUUGGGAACGACACCCUCAGGGACUGUGUGGGAUUAACUGAAAUGGCGUCUACAACAGCAGAGGCUACAGAAUCAUCUUUGGAAAUCGAGUUGACCAAGAAAUCAACUCGCAAAGAUGGAACUAGAAAUUCAGAAGGAAAAAAACGUCGGCGGGUGAACACCAUCUACUUGUGGGAAUUUUUACUGGAUCUCCUGGCAAAUGAUGAUUUACGCACUAUAAUAUGCUGGAGUCGAAGAGAAUUCAAAGAAUUUAAACUGAAAAGACCCGAGGAGGUAUCAAGAAGAUGGGGUCUGGUUAAACGAAAGAAGGGAAUGAAUUAUGAGAAACUCAGUCGAGCAUUACGAUUCUAUUAUGGCCAAGGAAUCAUUCAAAAGAUUCCUGGCCAACCUUUCACGUACAAGUUCGACAGGCUGCCUUACAAAUAUGAGCCAAGAGUCUCAAAGUCAAGUGAUCAAGAAAGCAAAACGAGUUCAUCUGACAGAGAACAAGAGAAAAUUUCAUCUGACAAGUCUACAUUACAUAAAACUGGACAAUCCUCACUCUCGUCUUCAUCUGAGCAGUCAACACUUUCUCCUGCCGAGACUCCCCGGGGGAGAUGUACAUCCCCCUGUCUGGUACCCAUACUUGCAGAGUCAGCACAAGCGAGCCGGGAGACAGUUGAAUAUUGUUCUCCUCAAGAAAGCAAUAUUUCAAGCUUCAGUAGAAAAAAGAUUGAAAGCUAUCAUCCCCAAAGUUGUCUAAAGCGAAAUCAAAUGAAUUCAACUAAGGCUACACCGGUCCCAGUAAUAAAACGAGUUGCCUCAUACAAUUGUCAAUGAACAAAUUUCUUAUCAUCAAAAUAGCUGCCUUUUUGUGAAUGAAAUUCAAGAUAAAGCUGAACAAACUAUCGCAUGUGGGAAAUAUCCAGGGUGAAAUAACAGUGUUAUAAACCGCAGCCAGGACUCAGUCUUUUAAAAGCUCGACAGUUUUGUCAGGUUGCAGAUUUCUUGGAUGUGAGAUGAACAUUUAUCAAUUUUGCUGUUGUUUUGUCGGAAACUCUCGUGGCCAAUCAAGCAACCAUUCGUUAAGUCUGUUAUGUACAGGUUUUAAACAUUCUUAUUUUCUCAUUUUGUAGGUUGCAGGCCAGAGAUUAGUGUACAAGUUUAACGAACUGCCAUAUAACUGUGAACCUGGUGUAACGAGAUCUCUUUACCAAGGGAACAGAAUCAAGGUUUCCAUCCAAGAACCAACGAAAUCUAAAGAAGCCGACCCCACCCCUCCCAAGACAAAUACUAACACUUCACUGUCAGCUUUUACUCCAGUUCGAGGACAUCCCAAAAAGAGCUGGUCUUGGCCGCUUCUUUCCACGCCAUCGAAUCCUUUCGUUUUGUACCCAGGUUCCACUCCUAACAGCUCUAAGACAAUGAUCGUAUUCCCGUUUGGUCCCAGUCCACCUGUGCACCAUACAUUACCGUUGCAUUUGAAACGGGAACACGAUGAACCUGUUGGUAAAAUGAUAACUGCUGAAGUUACUGCGAUUCCGGUCUCGAUCUUUCAGCGUGUCUAACGCACGUUGAUAUCGAGAUUUAGGACACACCUCACAGCUUUUUUUCCAUUAGAAAAAACAGGACUUAAAAACAGGACAACAUAUUUGAUUAAAGUAUCUUGACCUAAAGUCGUUUUACCUUAUAACAGAUUAUUCAAUUACUUAUCCUGCUUAUAUAUUCGUUUAGGCUCCUCCACUUUGAAGUAGUCUGAAUAAUAGAAAAAUUGCCGUUAAGUUUUCCAGCUCGAUGGGAUAACAUCGAGCUGAAAAGAGUAAGUCAUCAUCUCAGGUUAUCCUUCCAAUACUUUAAGGCUGACCAAUAUUUUAUUCCAAAAGCGCUACGGUUAAAAAGAUAUAUUUUCCCUUAAAAAAAGUAUGUUUUUUGAAAAGGUGUAGAAAGUAUUUUAGAUUUUGUGAUAAAAAGU